CAUUUUUCCAUUAAUCUCGGUUUUUGGAUUAAAUGUUAAAAGUUUCUGCUUGUUGGGGGUGUGUUAGGGAAGAGGUUGACUGAUUCGAACUAGAUUUCAUUACCUCGAUAAACAAACUGUAUCCAUCAAAAUCAUGCCCCAGACUCCGCAACUAUCCCCUCAAGAGGAGCAGGAAAAGCUUCUUGAUGAAGCUGUAAGUGUUGUAAAGUUGCAGGCUUUUCAAAUGAAGCGAUGCCUCGACAAAACAAAACUGAUGGAGGCUCUGAAACAUGCCUCUAACAUGUUGGGAGAGCUGAGAACAUCCCUUCUGAGUCCAAAAAGCUAUUAUGAAUUAUAUAUGGCUGUUUCCGAUGAGUUACGUCAUUUAGAAUUGUAUCUUUUAGAAGAAUUUCAGAAAGGAAGAAGAGUUGCAGAUUUAUAUGAAUUGGUGCAAUAUGCUGGAAACAUCAUUCCUCGAUUGUAUCUUCUAAUAACUGUUGGUCUUAUUUACAUGAAAACAAAUGAACAUUCUAAAAGGGAUAUUUUAAAAGAUUUAGUAGAAAUGUGUCGAGGUGUCCAACACCCUUUGAGAGGGCUUUUUCUGAGAAACUAUCUGCUACAGUGCACACGAAAUAUUCUUCCUGAUACAGAUGAAAGUGAUGCAGAUGCUGAGACAAUUGGUACGGUGAAAGAUUCUAUAGACUUUAUUCUUUUGAACUUUGCUGAGAUGAAUAAGUUAUGGGUGAGAAUGCAGCAUCAGGGGCAUUCGCGAGACAAAGAAAAAAGAGAACGAGAAAGACAGGAACUAAGAUUGCUUGUUGGAACUAACUUGGUUCGACUUUCACAAUUGGAGUGCAUUGACAUGGAGAGGUAUAAAAAGAGUGUUUUGCCUGGCAUAUUAGAACAAGUGGUAAGCUGUCGAGAUGCCAUAGCACAAGAAUAUUUGAUGGAAUGCAUUAUACAAGUAUUUCCUGAUGAAUUCCAUUUAAGGACUUUAAAUAACUUUUUAAAAGCUUGCGCAGAACUACACCAGAAUGUAAAUGUCAAAAACAUAAUCAUUGCUUUAAUAGACAGAUUAGCAGUUUUUGCUACAAGAGAUGAUGCUGCUGGCAUUCCGCAAGAAAUUAAACUGUUUGACAUUUUUUCUGACCAAAUUUCACAAAUAAUUCAGUCAAGACAAGGCAUGCCUUCUGAAGAUACUGUUGCGCUUCAAGUGUCACUCAUUAACUUAGCUCUGAAAUGUUAUCCUGACAGAGUGGAUUAUGUUGACAAGGUUCUCGAGACUACAGCUAGCAUAUUUGAGAAAUGUGGCAUCAAGAGAGUGGAAUACAACACUUCUGUUUCAAAAGAACUUCUCAAGUUGCUGAAAAUUCCUGUUCAACACUACAAUAACAUUCUUACUGUCCUUGAACUAAAACAUUUUGGAAAUCUUAUGAAUUUUUGUGAUUAUAACAGUCGGAAAUCUAUGUCAUGCUUUUUAGUAAAUAAUGCUUUAGAAAAUGAAACAUAUAUUCCUACCCAAGAACAGGUUGAUCAAAUUCUGCAGUUAGUGUCGCCACUUAUUCAAGACCAGUCAGAUCAGCCUGCAGAUGAAGAUGAUCCAGAAGAUUUUGCUGAAGAGCAGGGGUUGAUGGGAAGGUUUAUAAACUUGUUCCAAACAGAAUCUCCAGAUCAACAGUUCCUAAUGUUAAAUAUCACAAGGAAACAUUUUGGUAAUGGUGGCAAUCGACGCAUUAGAUUCACAUUGACGCCAAUAGUUUUUCAAGCAUACAAACUUGCGUUUAGGUUUAAAAGUUGUAGUGAAGAGGAUGACAAAUGGGAAAAGAAAUGUCAAAAAAUAUUUAAAUUUUGUCUACAAACUAUAAAUGUCCUUAUCAAAGCAGAAAUGGCUGAGUUACCGUUGCGGUUAUUUCUUCAAGGAGCUUUAGCUUCUGGUCAAAUCGGUUAUGAGAAUCAUGAAGCAGUUGCUUAUGAGUUUGUGUCACAGGCAUUUUCACUCUAUGAAGAUGAAAUUUCAGACAGUAAAGCUCAACUUGCUGCUAUUACUCUCAUUAUUGCAACAGUGGAACAAAUGGCAUGUUUUAGUGCUGAAAAUCAUGAACCUUUAAGGACUCAGUGUGCUUUGGCUACUUCUAAACUUUUGAAAAAGCCAGAUCAAUGUCGCGGGGUGUGUAUAUGUUCACAUUUGUUCUGGUCUGGAAAGAAUUUAGCUACAAAUGGCGAAGAGAUGCAUGAUGGUAAGCGGGUUUUAGAAUGCUUGAAAAAAGCUACGAAUACUGCCAAACAGUGUAUGGACACCAGUGUUCAAGCUCAACUUUUAAUAGAAAUAUUUAACCAUUGUAUUUAUUUCCAUGAGAAAAACAACGAACAGGUUAAAAACUUGAUGAACCAACUAUUAACUGAAAUACGUGAAGUGCUGCCAAGUGUUGAAAUGAAUGAAGAAUCAGAACAAAUAAACAAACAUUUCCAGAAUACAUUGGAACGCAUUCAAGAAAAUAAAGAAAAUACAGUUAAAAGUGCCCCAGUUGUUGAAGCUCUUUAGUUUUAUUAACAAUUUUGAUUAUUGGGUCUGUGUCAUCCUGAAACUGAAAAUGUGGACUGUGCCUCACCAUUCCAUUGAUAUGCAUGUAAAUAGAAAGUGCCAUCAAAAUGGCUUGAGAUGCCUUUUGUUAGGAUUUAGUUGCUGUUGUAUAUUUAAUUGAAUAAUUUAAUUAUUUGGAAUAUUAAAAAUAUAUGUUUGAA